UCCGUUUCUUCGCCCCCCUCUCUUCGCUGGCACCUCAAUUCAAAAUGCAGGCCAUCGCCCGCCCCCUCUCCCGAGUCGCGCCGAGGCAGGUACGCGCUGCCGCUCUGUCAACCUGGUCCACCGUCCCAGCGGGCCCUCCGGAUCCCAUUUUGGGUGUGACCGAGGCGUUCAAGGCCGACAAAGACCCGCGCAAGAUCAACCUCGGUGUCGGCGCGUACCGCGAUGGCAACGGCAAGCCCUACGUCCUGAGUAGUGUCAAGAGCGCCGAGGACCUGAUUGCGUUAGAGAACCCUGACAAGGAGUAUCUCCCGAUCAGCGGCUUGCCCGAGUUCACGAAGGCCGCGGCGAAGCUCGCGUAUGGCGCAGACAGCCAGCCUCUGAAACAGAGCGCGAUCGCGGUCGUGCAGUCGAUCUCGGGUACUGGUGCUCUCAGAAUCGGCGGUGCGUUCCUGCAACGCUUCUUCCCCCACGCGAAGGCCAUCUACAUCCCUACGCCGUCAUGGGGUAACCACACGUCUAUUUUCCGCGACUCCGGUCUCGAGGUCAAGCAAUACCGAUACUUUGACAAGAAAACGGUCGGUCUCGACUUUGAGGGCAUGAAGGCGGACUUGCAGAGCAUGCCUCCCAACUCCAUUGUCCUGCUGCAUGCCUGCGCGCACAACCCCACUGGUGUCGACCCGACACCUGAGCAGUGGGUCGAGCUCUCGUCACUCAUUGCAGAGAAGUCGCUUUUCCCCUUCUUUGACAUGGCGUACCAGGGUUUCGCGUCCGGGUCGACAACUCGUGAUGCGUUUGCUCUCCGGCAUUUCGUCAAGGAGGGUCACCAGGUUGCCCUCGCCCAGUCGUUCGCGAAGAACAUGGGUCUCUAUGGCGAACGUGUGGGCGCGUUCUCUCUGGUCGCGGCUGAUGAGGAAGAGAAGAAGCGCUUGGAGAGCCAGUUGAAAAUCGUUAUCCGACCAAUGUACUCGAACCCGCCAUUGCACGGUGCACGAAUUGCGAGCACGAUCCUGACCAACUUUGAGCUGUACUCGGAGUGGGAAGCCGAGGUUAAGGGCAUGGCAGAAAGGAUCAUCAGCAUGCGUGCGCGGCUGUACGACAACCUGGUGUCGUUGAACACUCCUGGCGAGUGGAGUCACAUCAAGAGCCAGAUCGGCAUGUUCAGUUUCACGGGCCUGACGACGCCGCAGACGCAGACGCUGGCGGAGAAGGCGCACAUCUACAUGACUGCUGACGGGCGUAUCUCGAUGGCCGGCUUGAACGCACACAACAUCGACUACUUCUCGGAGAGCGUGAGCAAGGCCGUGAAAAGCGAGCUCUAAGCAUCGCUGGACGCCUCUGGACGCCGUCUGGAUUGCGAGGACGGGGAUGCUAUGGACAGGCUUGAUGUAGAUGCGGUCAUAGACGGGCUAAUCAAUGGGUCUGUUGUGUAAGAUCUAUUCAACUGCGGUCUGGUUUUGUUCUGUCUUC